AUAGCACGGAGACCAAGGUUGAAUAGAUUAAAAGGAUUUCUGAGCAGCACUAUUUAAGUAGCCGAGAGGACAGCCACAGACCGAACGCGCCGACAGAUGUUUGGAGAGUGACAGAAGAAACAAGGUUCAAAGCAACAACAGAGCUCUACAGGUGUCCACACUGCACCCUGCAAAGGAUGCAGCUGGUUGUCAUGGCAGCGUUGCUGGCACUGGUGGAGGCAGGGCGGGGCUGCAGCUUCGGCUGUCAUCCAACCAACAUCAGCAUCCCCGUGGAGAGCUGUGGCAUCACCGAGUUGGUCCACACCACAAUAUGUGCAGGGCAGUGCUACCACGAGGAUCCGGUCUACAUCGGCCAUGAUGACUGGGCUGAGCAGAAGAUCUGUAACGGGGACUGGUCCUACGAGGUGAAACACAUUAAAGGCUGUCCAGUGGGAGUCACUUACCCUGUGGCCAGAAACUGUGAGUGCACCGCAUGUAACACAGGAAACACGUUCUGCGGGCGCUUUCCUGGAGACGUGCCCAGCUGUCCACGCUUUUAGAGAAACCUAUCGUCUGUCUAACUUGUCUUUGUGUGACUUGCUACUAAAAUAAACAUUAAUCACUUCA